ACAGUCCUGCCGCCAUGUUCUUCAGAGUCAGGAUGACAGACUGGCAGAAGAGCGAGUCGGGAACAAAGUCUGUGACUAAAAACGAUGGUUUAACUCUGCUUUUCGGAGUAUGACCGAGAGAUUUUAAAGCCACGGAACACGUUUAGGACCGCGGGGGGGUUUCCGUUUUUAAUUUUUUAUAUAUUUGAAACAAACUGUGGUUCAGAUAUACAGCGAGAUCGUCUACAUGGUGUAAAAGACAACGAAAUAUUAUUAAUUCGGUGAAGCCCUACUGUGGACAGAUUCCAAGAUGACAGGCUCUACCCCCUCGGAAAUGAUGAACCUACGUCUCAUCCUGGUCAGUGGGAAGACGAAAGAGUUCCUGUUCUCCCCCAACGCCUCGGCCGCAGACAUCGCCAAACACGUUUACGACAACUGGCCAAUGGACUGGGAGGAGGAACAGGUCAGCAGUCCUAAUAUCCUGAGGCUCAUCUACCAGGGUCGUUUUCUACAUGGAAACGUCACACUAGGAGCUCUCAAAUUACCCUUGGGAAAAUCCACAGUGAUGCAUUUAGUUGCCAGAGAGACAUUGCCCGAGCCAAACUCCCAAGGUCAGAGAAACAGAGAGAAGACUGGAGAGAGUAACUGCUGUGUCAUCCUGUAAAUACCCACCUCCCUCCCUCUUUAAUCAUCCACCCUGGAUCCAACCAACACACUGGAUGUCCUGUCCUGCAGUCUCUCUAUCAUGCUGACACACACACACACACACACACACACACACACACACACGGUCUCCUGUGUAUAGAGAAGUUUCCCCCUCUAUCACUUCUGUCCUUAAAUCUUCCACUAGUUCAUGGAUGGAUAAACUACUGUUUUAUUACCCCACCAAGGUUCCAACCAAUGACUGACUAACAAAUAAACCAACCAACCAACCAACCACCUUGUUGUUGUUUGGCCAUAGUAACAUGUUGUUGACUGUGUUUUGACAGUCAGUCCUUUCCUCCUUCUGUCAGAUCGCUCAUCCUUCCUGAACUAGGAGAAGCAAGACAGAAUGUCCCUCCAUCUUCCCUUUUCUCCCUGAACGAGGGGACUAGGAACUAGGGGAAAGAGAGACAGAAUGUCCCUCCAUCUUCCCUUUUCUCCCUGAACGUGGGGACUAGGAACUAGGGGAAAGACAGACAGAAUGUCCCUCCAUCUUCCCUUUUCUCCCUGAACGAGGGGACUAGGAACUAGGGGAAAGACAGACAGAAUAUCCCUCCCUCUCUUUUCUACGACCAAAGCGUAGGGUGUCGAUCAAAAACGCCUCUUUUAACCAUUGGGUAAAAUAAUAUAUUAAUUGUGUAGAUAAUCCUCUAAGAAAACCAAUACUCCAAUACUCCAUGUCUCUAUCAUGAGCCGUUUAAAGGUUAUUGCACUGUUUUACCACGGUAGGAUGGUCAGAAUUAGGGUGACUAAAUCAACAGAGGCCAGAGAAACAAAAGGGGUCAAAAGAAUCCUGAAAAUGUCACAACAUGGCGUCAGCUCAAUGCUGUCUGAGAAUGAAGGCUACCUGACAGACUCACCUUUCCCCUUGAACUCAUCUUUUCUUUCCCAUCUGCAGGACAUAAAACAAUAUACAUUUCAGAUAGAUAUCUGUUUAGAGACAUGACAUGUAGUAUUUUCAUAUUUUAGUGUAACGCUUUUCAUAUUCAUUCUAAAUUUCUCUUUUAAAAAUACUUUUUUUCACAAAACCAAACGAGUCAACCAGGCUUCUUUUUCUUUUCAAAUAUUCUUGUACAUUUAUUUCAGCUCGUGUCAAGUCUAAUUCAUUUUUUUCUCGACCUGUAGAAACAACUUGGUAGACGACAACGACCACAAUAUUUUAAAUCCUCAGGAGUUGUUACGAGAAACCUUACACCUCUAUGUCGGCAGAGUGCUUAUUAUCGUGGAUUAGGCUACGAAAUCAGACUUAAAAAAAUAAAAUAUGUAAUAUUUAUAUAUAAUGAGCGAUUCAGAACAUGGAUAAUCAUAUUUGUCCUGGUAAAAUGUAUUUUAUAACAUAAGGAAGUGAAAUUUCAUUUCAAAUGAUCAAAAAGUGUGUUUGGACUCUUCAAAGUGUAGUUAUCAGUCUUGAACUCUACGACAAGGUAAAGAAACCAAUCUGGAAUAAAGUGUUAUUUUAAAUCUC